GUACUCAACAUUCCUCCGGAGAUGUGUGACGGCAUCUUCUCGGUGUUGAGCGCUAUCUUAUGGUUAGGAAACCUUCAGUUUGAGGACCAUUUGGACGGAGAGCGCUGUAAAUUGAGUCCCGACGAUGAGAUGGUGAUCGCGACGGUGGCUACCCUUCUGGGUGUCGACGCUUUUAAGCUAACUCUGGCCACACUUCAGCGUCAGAUUAAUGUGAGGGGAACUGUGACUGACAUACCCUUUAAACUACACGAGGCCCGGGAGAACCGACACGCAAUGGCCAAAGCUCUCUACUCGCGCACAUUCGCAUGGAUUGUCAGUUACAUCAACACGUGCACUAACCCGGGCCAAGACAGCGACCGCUUCCUCGGUGUACUCGACAUCUUCGGCUUCGAGAACUUCGAUGUCAACAGUUUUGAACAGUUGUGCAUCAAUUAUGCCAACGAAAAACUGCACCGAUUUUUCAAUCACUAUGUCUUUGCCUUAGAGCAAGAGAUCGUAAGAAUAUAUAGACAGGAAGGCAUCUCCUUUUCGCACAUCAACUUCACGGACAACACCCCGUGUCUGGAACUGCUGGAAAAGCCGCCCAAAUGUGUCAUACGUUUGUUGACAGAGGAAUGUCGUAUACCUAAGGGAACGGACACCACAUAUGUUAAUAAACUUCACUCAGAGUUCGAGUCACACGUCAACUAUAUUCGCGGUGAGGAUAGGAGACGCUGGGAAAUGGAGUUUGGGAUCAAACACUACGCCGGGGAUGUGGUCUAUAAUAUCACCGGUUUCCUCGAGAAGAACAAAGACGUACAACAGGACCAGCUCUUUGAUCUGAUGCACGACUCGUCCAAUAUCUUUGUCAAAGAUUUAGUCAAAUUUCAGGUAUUUAUUUGGUAUUGGAGUUACCAAAUGACAGCUGAAGAUCUGUUGAGCGUAACAGCCAGUCGUGUGGCGAAUACGACAUACGCGUCAGUCAAUAGGCCCGAGGGGUCAACCAAAACAAGUAAGGGUCGGCCAACAGUCGGCGAUGCAUUCAGAUUCCAGUUGACAGCACUGGUAGAUCUGUUGCACUCAACCAAUCCGUGGUACGUGCGGUGCAUCAAACCAAAUAUGGUAAAGGCGCCCAACUUUUACGAUGAACAACAAGUCCAGACACAACUCCAAUACCUGGGAAUGCUGGACAUCAUUCGCAUCCGACGGGAGGGCUUUCCCAUUCAUUUUCCUAUCAGUCAAUUUGUGUUGAGAUACCGGUGUUUAGUAAUGAAGACGGCGCGCAUAACAGGCCUCCAGUCGGACGCGGCGGCGAAGAUACUGAUGACCCUGAAGAUGGCAAAGACCGAGUGGCAAAUCGGAAAAAACAAAGUAUUUCUGCGCUCAACAGUACACGAGCCGCUCGAAGAGCACCGAAAGCUACUGUUCCAUAGGAUGGCUGUUGUCAUACAGACACGAAUGAAAGGCUAUUUCCAGAGACAGGCCUACUUGAAGCUCAAGAGCUGUGUGACGAUCAUUCAGCUGCACUUUAAGGGACACCGGGAGCGGCUCCGGUAUGUUCGCAUGAAGCGGGCGGCCAUUACUGUGCAGGCGUUCGUGAGGGGAAUGUUCGCCAGAGAAGUGGCCGCAGCCAUGAAACAGAUGAGACGAGUGGAGGAGGAGAUGAGACGCAAAGAGCAGGAGGAGAGUGAGCGCCGACAGCUCGACGAGCAGAGGAGGUUGGCUCAGAUGCAACACAAUAGUGAUCCGCUCACUGGUGACCAACAGAAUGCAAACGGCGUUGAAGUCAACGAAUCGCUUCUUUUAGCGCAAAAAGAGGUGCAAAAUAUCGCCAAACUUAUUGAACAAAACGGAUUACUGCAACGAACGGCGCUCGACGGGUCCGACCCCAACCAUACGCCCCAGUCUUACGCCGAUUUGGAGCAAAUGUUUUCCUUCUUAACCGAAAUACAAGAGUCAAAAACAGAUGAAGUAAUCGAAGAUAUCAGCCAACAGUUCGACCAAUUGAUACAACGAACGGAAACCCAGAUGAAUGAACUCAACCAACAGAUCUCGGAGAUGCCCAUCAGAAUCGAGACCUCUCCGAGUCCGCUGCCGGCGCCCAACGGCUCCGACAUGUUGUCGGACACGAUAGAGACGGUGUCGCCAUCACCGCUGCCAUCGCCCGUUCCCGACAGACAGAGCCGGGAGGCGGACAGUAUGAUCAGUGCCACGGAAUCGGAACGUUCGCCACUCUAUACACCACUACAGCCCACGGAAAGGAGCUAUUCGUUUGAAUUCCAGGACGAGGACGAGAACCAGAGUUUUGUCGUCCAAAACAACAUCAAUAAUAUUAAGCGAAGUAAUGGACCCCAGAGUGAGGACUCGGACCAGAAUAUUGUGACCGAAAAGAUGAACGGAUGGUCAGAGAGUAAGAUAUCGGCUCCGCCGACGCCUAUCAACAACGGCUCAACCAUUCCGUCGGACAACAAAUUAGUGAAACAACAGAUUAUAGCNAUGUUAGGGCUGAACAUCGACGGAAACCUUAAACCCGAGGCGGAGGCACGACUCAUACAGACUGUCAUCGGACACGGCAUUGAACGCGAAGAGCUUCGGGACGAGAUAUUCGUUCAGUUGGUCCGCCAGUCAAAUGGCAAUCCAUCGCGCGAUGACACCAUAAGGGUGUGGAUGAUGUUAGGGCUGACCACCGCCGCCUUCCAGCCCAGCAAAGUCUUCUCCAAAUACUUCUUAAGUUAUCUGCGAAAGCAUUUGCGCAAAGAGGCGUCCAUUUCGUGUUACGCCCAGUUCUGUAUCGAUAACCUCCAGUCCCCCAAAGCCCACAUCCGACGUAUGCCGCCGUCGACUCUGGAGAUCAACGCUGUCCGCACUCUCAGUAGUCUCGUCUGUCGGUUCUACUUCUUGGACGGACGCACCAAAGCCAUAGACAUACACCCGUGCGAUACGGCCAACGACGCCAUGACCUGUCUGUCCAACAAAAUAGGUCUGCGCUGUUUGGAUGGUUGGGCGCUCUACGAGCUGACCCCCGAGUACGAGCGAGUGAUCAAAGGACACGACUUUAUCGCCGAUAUCAUCACUAAUUGGGAAAUGUUUCAGAAGAACAGCACUUAUGGGACGACGAAACCGGCGGCCAAACAGAGCCUGACGUUAGGCGCCGGCGACUGUAGGUUUGUGUUCAAGAAAAGGCUGUUUAAAAACACGUGUGAAAUACCGCACGACCCCGUGGAGGUGAACCUACUGUACGCACAGGCGGUGCACAGUGUCGUCAAAAAGGAUGAGUUCCCGGCCAGUGAGCGGAUAGCCCUGCAGUUGGCUGGCCUUCAGGCGCAGGUAUCGCUGGGAGAGUACGCCGACGGAAGGAUCGCCAGCUAUGAAGACGUCGAGAAUUACAUCUGUUUUCGGAUCCGAAAAGCUGUCGGAUAUACGAAGAUGGAAUGGGCCGUCAAAAUAGCCGACGCCCACAGGAUGUACGGCAAAGGAAAGGCUGAUUUGAUCGCUAAAGUGUGGUAUCUCUCUGUGGUCAUGCAAUACCCGACAUACGGUGCAACUCUAUUCCACGUGACAUAUAAGGGAUACCUGUCCUACGGCCACAAUCUGGUGCUUGGAGUGAACUCCGAGGGAAUACUGAUCACAAACCCGGCGGAUAAGUCCAUACUUAACGCCUUCCGAUACUGUGAUAUCGAGUCGUUGACCGUAUUUCCCACCGAAAACCUCUUAUCCAUAAAACUCAUCAAAACAUUAGCCGAUAAUCACAAGAGCUUCACGUUUGAGACGAACCAGAAGGAGGAGAUCGCGGCACUAGUGGCUAGUUAUUCACCCAACCAUUCAAAUUGGAUGAGACAGACCAACGUGUUAAACGGCCUGAACGGGGCUAAUGGCGAACCCAAUCGGCGGCGACUCCUGAAGAUGACAUUAGAGGACAGAAUGAAGUUACAUCACGACGUCGUCAACUGUCGCCGGGUGCUCAUCGACAGCAAUAUCAUGCGUCGGCCGCCCGACGAGAGUCGGGGCCUCUUUCGCAAUACACUGCGGCGUCUCAAUAGAGUCCGUUUGGAUAAACUAAAGCAGGAGUUCGGCUCCGAGUUCGACGAAGCCUUCUUCCGGCACUUCCCGCACACCUUCUGGGCCUACACUAAGUGUCCGACCGAUCACUCCAUUCUCGUCAUCUCCGACGCCGAGUUGGAGGCCAUGGCUGUCAACAACUUCAACGCCAUACUCGCCUAUUCCGGGCUCAACAUACCGGAGACGGAGGAGAGCGCGCUCGACGAGAAGGAGUGGCCGCGACAGACGGAAAGGGAUCAAAUACGGUUAGCCCAGAGCAUACUCGACAAGUGUCUGCGCAAAGACGCCGACAUUUUGCGCAACGAAUUCUUCCUGCAGUUAAUCAAACAGACGACAGACCAUCCCGACCCCAACAGCCGGGUCAACGUCCGGCACUGGCAGCUGCUGGCGCUGGCCUGCAGUAUCACAUAUCCCAGCGAUCGCCGCAUUCUGGCGUACCUUCACUCACACCUACGCCGGUGUGCGUUGGAUGAGGUCACCCAAGAGGGCCAGUACUCGCACUUUACGCUCCGCAACCUUCAGGGCACUCUCGAGACCCGGGGCCGAAAGUUGGCGCCGUCCAGGGCUGAGAUCAUGUCCACCAUUAACUGUCGGCGUAUUUACGCGCGCAUACACUUCUUGGACGGACAGUUCCAGGCCGUGGAGUUCGACGCGUGUGCCGUCAUAUCGGAAGUGAUUGAACAAAUUCAACUGAAAAUCGAUUUGCGCCAAAACGCACCCGGGUAUGCACUCUACCAGAUCCUGGGCCUCAACAACGAACAAGCACUACAGCCCGAGGAGAAGGUGGGCGACGCCAUCGCCUACUGGGAGAAGUGGCACGAAGAGCAGGCAAAGACCGGCACUCUUAGUAAAAAACCGCACGAAAGGCAACACUUCUUCAUAUUCAAAGUAUGUGUCAAAUCGUUGUUUGACUUAAUCUUAUGUUUUAUCAUUACUUUGGGUCUAAUUUGUAUUGAACUACAGAAACACAUCCUUUUGGACGCAUUCGUCGAUAUGUCAGAUCCGGUGGAGAAAGAGCUCCUUUACCACCAAAUGGUGAACAAUAUUCGCUUCGAUAGGUUUCCGAUCACAGAACAGGAGGCCGUCAUGUUAUGCGCCCUCAAAGUGCAGAUAGAUUUGGGUGAUUAUGACAACGGAGUCGUCGAUUACCGGGCGGUCAUCGGUCAAUGUCUUCCGCCACGUCUUCUCAACAGAAUAGUUCCCGAAGCAGUGGUUACUCAGCACCAGACCCUCCAUAGUAUGCAAGCGGAUGAGGCCAAGCAGUCGUUCUUCAAUCUGAUCCAGUCGUGGCCACUACACAGGGCCACCAUCUAUGAAGUUAUGCAAACCUACACGUCUUCGUGGCCUAAGAACCUGUGGCUGGCUAUCGAUCAGAUGGGACUCCAUUUGCUUGAACUUAAAACACGAAAUGUGUUGUCUUCAUGUGAUUACCGAAAUAUCGUCGAUUAUAACCCAACCAUCAAUAGCUUAAUGAUAGUGGCGUUGGCCAGCACUGGCACUAAGACUAUGAAAUACAUAUUCCUAACGCAUCAGGCGCUACAAAUCGCGCAACUGAUCCGCGACUACACAUCGGUGUUGGCCAACGAGCGGGGAAUUGGUCGCCGAAAGUCAGUUGAAUUUGAUUUAGCGCUUCGACCGCAACAGAUGGCAACGCAUCACAUGAUCCCUCCCGUACCGCAACCCCGGAAGACCGCUCAACCACCUCGUCCGGGACAACCCGUCACCGAAUCUCUGUACCAAAAUCAGACGCGACAGCAACAGCACCAGCAGAUCCAACACCACUUAUACCAACAACAACAGCAACAAAACAUGAGGAGAUCGCGACCGUUGAGUAUACUCUAUAAGCCUCCGCCACAGAUCAUAAUGACUGAAGCGGAACACGUCUAACGAUUAGUGUCUGUACUAUAAUUGAAUUCUUAACGCAAAAGCUUUUUAUCCAUAUAUUCAAUCCAAAUCUAAAUGAAUAUUAAACUAAUUGAUGUAUUAUUGGUAUAAUAGAGAGCAUAAGUGAGGCAAG